AUCAGCGCGCUGACGGACGCGCGGUCGUUGAAGAAGUUGGAUUUAUCUGCGUGCGGCUUGAGCGCGAGCGCCGGUGAACGCAUCGCCGCCGUGCUGGACGAAAACGGUUGUCCGCUGGAGAGAUUAGAUCUCAGAGGAAAUGCUAUCGGAGCCGAGGGGACGUUGGCGCUCGCGAGCGCGCUGCGUAAGACGAAGACGCUCAAAUCGUUGAAUUUGGCGCAAAAUUUAAUCGGUGGCGACGGCCUUCGCGCUUUGGCGUCUGCACUCGCGGGCGAGACGAGCAUGGAAGAACUCGAUAUUCAACACAACGGAUGCGGCGACGAAGGGUGCAUGGCGCUCGCAACGCACGGUUUCGGUAGCAGGUUGGAGACUUUAUUACUCGACUUGGACUUGUCAAACAACUCGGUGCGCGACGGCGCAAAAUGGCUCGCGAAGUCGCUCAAGUCCGGCGCGUCGAACUUGAAGCAACUCAAUCUUCAAGCGAACGAAAUGACGGACGACGACGCGUGGUACAUCGCCGACGCACUGGGGGAAAACAAGACUCUGAAGACGCUCAAUCUGGGAUCGAACGCGUUUGGCGAUUCCGCCGCGUCCGACAUAGCCAGCGAUCUUCGCGAAAACAUCGCGCUCGAGACGUUAGAUUUGACGCGCAACGGCAUCGGACGCGAGGGCGCGUGCGAACUCAUGGACGCCAUGGAUGAAAACACCACGCUCAGGAGACUC